AUGAAGGGUGUGAACUGGAACCCGGUCGCAGUUGGGGCCUCCCACCCCUUCGGCCUCGCGUUCGCUGACUAUGUAGUGCGAGAUGCUCGCAUUAUGGCAGAGGCCGGCGUCAACGUGGUCAGGACGUAUGAAACCGUGACCGACCAGGCCGUAUUAGACGAGCUUUGGCGAAACGGCAUCCAGAUCCUGAACACCAUCUACUCCCAUGCCGGGAAGCCUCUCGAAGCAGUUCGGAAAGAGGUGGAUGCGGUGAAGCAUCACCCUGCCCUUUUGAUGUGGGUGGCUGGGAACGAGUGGAACUACAAUGGCUGCUACCAGCACAUGAACUUGGAUCAGUGUGGUAACCGUUUAAACGAGGUGGCCAAGAUUGUGAAAAGAUACGAUCAGCAACAUCCUGUUGCCUCGGUGUAUGGGGAAGCUCCGCCCGUGGAUGUGAUCCAUAAGAUGGAUGCCAUUGAUGUUUGGGGCGUCAACUACUACGACGAGCUAACCUUCGGCGACCUCUUCAAGCGCUUUGCAGAGCGAUCGACGAAGCCGUUUUUUCUUGGCGAAUACGGCGCGGAUGCGUACGACACCACCAUCACUGCUGUCAACGAGGACGCACAAGCCUAUGCAACUAAAGUCUUGACGGAGCAGAUCAUGGAAAACAGCGCCAUCUUCCCUGGUGGCAUUU